AUGCAUGUUUAUCCUCAUGCUUAUGAGAAAAGUUUACUUAUGUUAGGCGUGCGCAACGCUGCGUACAACAGGGAUGUUACUCAGAGGGUAUUGGGGGAUUAUAUCCGCGUUAUCUUUCUGUCCUGCUAUAAGAUAGCGGAGGCAAUUGAACGUGAAAAGGAGGUUACAAAGGAAGUGGAAAUUCACAAUGUUGAUCGAGCUGUUUGUGGACGCAUAGCUGGUGUGAUUGCCAAAAAAUAUGGAGAUACAGGCUUUGCAGGACAGCUAAAUUUUGUUUUCAAAGGAAGUGCUGGACAGUCCUUUGCCUGCUUCCUAACUCCUGGAAUGAAUGUACGACUGGUGGGGGAGGCUAAUGAUUAUGUUGGAAAGGGUAUGGCUGGUGGAGAGCUUGUUAUUACUCCUGUCGAGAACACUGGCUUCUCUCCAGAGGAUGCUACCAUUGUGGGAAACACCUGUCUGUAUGGUGCAACAGGAGGUCAAGUGUUUGUUAGAGGAAAAGCAGGCGAACGUUUUGCUGUGAGAAACUCUCUUGCGGAAGCUGUUGUUGAAGGCACCGGAGAUCAUUGUUGCGAAUACAUGACUGGUGGCUGUGUUGUUGUUUUAGGAAAAGUGGGCAGGAAUGUAGCUGCUGGCAUGACUGGUGGUCUUGCUUAUAUUCUUGAUGAGGACGACACACUAAUUCCGAAGGUAUCUUUCAAUCCUCUCUCUUUCACUUUUUCCAAAGUUAUCCUCUCUCUCUGUGCUAUU